AUGAGGUUUGUUGGGGAGUUCUCUUGGAGGUAUAUAAACGCAAAACAUGUUCUCAUUCAAUUUAACCUUCUUGCGGAUUAUGCCAAGCUUUUGAGCGGUCCUAACGGUGUGCUAGUGUGGUUUAUUGAUCGCCAUCCCAUGAGAGUUUUUAAGUGGACACCGGAGUUUGAUCCCUUCUUUGAGUCUCCCAUAGCGGCUAUGUGGUGCAAUCUGGUGGGGCUACCGAUUCAUCUUUUUGAGAAGUCGGCCUUAUUUGUUAUUGGAAGCUUGUUGGGGGAUCCUAUUCAAGUGGAUCAUGCUACCAUCUCUCAAACCAGGCUUUCUUUUGCUAGAUUAUGCAUUCAGAUAGACAUCUCUAAGACUCCGAUGGAGGAAAUAAUUUUAGUUCUUCAAGGAAGAGAAGUUAGGCAAGCUGUGAAAUGGGACCGUAUACCGUUGUAUUGUCAUGAUUGCAAGCAUGUAGGACAUACCAGUGAUGUCUGCUAUGCGAAUGGUCAGAGACCGAGGCCAAUGAAGAGAGAGUUCCAACACUUUGCUGAGAAGAACAGGGAGAAGGAGGAUGGAAUUUUAGGGAAGGAAAUGGGUGUUGAGGAAGGGAGUGUUGCUGGAAGAGAGCGAGCUUUUGUUCCAGAUGCGUCUCAGGUUGUUUUACCUGGCGUCCUAAGUGGCAAGGAGGGAGCUGUUGAGGUGCAGAUCGGUUCAGAUGGGUAG